AGAGCUAAUCUCGAUCUUCUAUCAGGCAGCAAGUGUCUUCGAUGUUACCCAUUCUAGCAUCGAUUGUGUUAGCUUUGAUCCCUUACACUGCAGCACAUGGACAUGGACAUGCUCACGAUACCGCCGAGCACAUGCGGGUCGCUCAUGGAGUCUACCGAGAGCCAUAUCCCGAACGCUAAUAUAAAUCUGCAGACACCCGCGGGUGAUGCGAUCUUCGCUGGCCUGGGCACUUUUGGCCAUCUGCCCUUCGGAGCAUGUCUCUCGCCCAUUACCGCGCACAUCCCUCAUGGCUCUGAGGAGCUCGCGCCUGGGGACAACUUCGAUGUCGGCAUCAUCGGUAUGCCGUUUGACACUGCCGUGAGCUUCAGACCUGGCGCUCGCUUUGGGCCCAGUGGUAUCCGCCAUAACAGCAAACGCAUGUCCAAGUUCAGAGGCUACAACGUUCCUCUGGGUCUCAAUGUGUACGAGAGCGGACAAAAGAUCCUCGACUGCGGAGACAUCCCAGUGACCGCCUUCGACAACACUUUGGCGCUGCAGCAGAUGGAGCAGGGCUACUUGUCGCUGCUUCACCGUCCAACAAAUACAACGCAGGUCAAAAGGCGACGAGGAGAGACCGUCGCCGAAGAGAUACUCGAUACACCUCUCUACACCAAGACCGGGAAGCUGCAUCCCAAGAUGAUCACCUUGGGCGGCGACCACACCCUUGUGCUCCCCGUCUUACGUGCAUUGAACACCGCUUACGGCCCCGUAGCGGUAAUCCACUUCGACAGUCACUUGGACUCCUGGGACCCCGGGUUCUAUGGCGGAGAAGACACUUCCAAGACAUCCGCUAUCAACCAUGGAACAUUCUUUUGGCACGCCAGCAACGAGGGUUUGAUUCGCAACGGCUCGGCAACCCAUGCGGGCAUUCGUACAAGAUUGGCCCAGGCGAGUGAUUACGAUGACGACUUCAAGAGUGGAUUCACACUUCAAGAAGCCAGCGUCAUCGACGAUAUUGGAACUGCGGGGAUCGUGGAGAAUAUCCGCAAAGCUGUGGCCGGGAACCCAGUCUAUCUGUCCAUUGAUAUCGACGUUCUGGACCCUAGCGCAGCUCCUGCGACCGGCACACCAGAGACAGGAGGCUGGAGCACCCGGGAGCUCCGCAAGAUCAUCCGAGGACUGGAUGGUCUGGACAUCAUCGGAGCCGACAUUGUCGAAGUUGCUCCUCCGUAUGACACGCAAGCAUCUCUCACACAGAUGGCGGCCGCAGAUCUAGUGUGGGAGAUUCUGGGUCUAAUGGUAAAACGCGGGCCCCUAGUCGAGGGAACACAGAGCCUGAAGUAAGGGAGCGGUGGUGGAUCUCUCCAUUAGGACGGUUGCGUCAUCCAUACGUCUUGCGCAAGGGUGCCUCGUAGAUUGCUAAGAGCGAAGAAGGGCCGCUUGGAAGCGCAUGGAGUUUU